AUGGCUACCCGGCGCCUUUGUCUCCUGCUUUUCACCUGCCUGCUGACCCUGGCAACAUCUCUUCCAGUCUUUGAGGUUAUGAACCUGCAUCUGCUCAAUGGCACUGUGGAUGACAUUAUGAAUGCUCCUCCCGAGGGCUCAGAGCCAGAUGAUGGUGACAACCACCUUAGGCAGGUCCGAGACGUUGCCCCCCGCCAGCCAGCAGGCCAUGGUUGGCCCAAGGACUGCAGCGAGCUCCCUGCCGGCAGCCACAGCGGCAUCUACAUCAUCCAGCCCAAGGGACUGCACCACCUCGUGGUGUACUGCGAGAUGAAUGCCACCAAGGGGGGCUGGACCGUCAUCCAGAGGAACCAGAGGGACACUCCUGUCACCUGGGCUGAGUCCUGGACCACCUACAAGUACGGCUUCGGGAACGUCCGCACCGAGUACUGGCUGGGCACUGAGUACAUCCAUCAGAUCUCCAAGCAGAAGGUCUACCAGGUCAGGUUUGUCAUCCAGGACUCGGCAGACAACAUCCAUAUUGCAGACUACAACCUCUUCUUCGUGGAAGAUGAGCCCCACGGCUACCGGCUGAGGCUGGGGGCCUACGAGGGGACUGCAGGGGAUGCCAUGACCUCAGACAAUCCCAAAACCAUGCACGACAACAUGAAGUUCUCUACAAAGGAUCGGGAUCAGGACACCUACAGUAAGAACUGUGCCUACAGCUACGAGGGGGGGUGGUGGUUCUCCUCCUGUUACUCUGUACGGCUGAAUUUCAAGGGUGGAAUGUCAUGGGGCAGCCUGUGCAAAGGGAACUGCAAGUCCUCCCUUAUCCUCAUCAAACCAGCUACCUACUGCUAG